AUCAACAACUGGCAAUUGAUCGUAUAGUAAACGAAAGCGCGAUUCACAGCAACAAAAUUUAUCGUUAUUGCCGUUCACGCACAUUAAAUCUAUAAAUUGUCUUCAUUGCAACAAACAAACACAAAAAAAGAAAACAUUUUUGAAAUUAAGAAUCUCUGUUAAGCACGCACGGGUGAAACAAGUGAAGUUAACUAUUUUAUGUGCAUUGCAAAUUAUUAAAUUUAUGUAAAAAGAAAGUAAAGCAAAACAAAAAGCAACAGAACAUAGCAAACGUAAAAUCGUAUCGAUUAAUUGGACAAUUUUUAACCGAUAUCGCACACACAAUCAACAACCAAGGCAACAAUGAUUGGACCAAGUUCAUGUAUCAGCAAAAUUUUGCUAACCGCAUUUUUCGUGUUGGUCAUUUGGUACAUAUACAUGGAUGUGAAUUUGUAUUUGCGCAUCCAAAACUACCCCAUCGAACGAAAUUAUCACUUCAAUGAAACGGUGGACAUAUCGAACGAUGCGGGCCACUUAUCGACGUCGACGCUAUCGUCAGCAGCCGGCGAACCAUCACAUAAUAUCGAUUCCGUGUCAAAGCGACCGAUCACAUAUGACGAUGUUGCGUGGUUUUCAUGCGACAUCGAUCCACUUUGCCAUGUCACCGUUAAGGCCAUUUUGUUGGAUCACACAAACCACUAUUUGUUUGCACCGAUGGCAACUAUUUUUGACAAUAUCGUUGGAUUUUCCCGAUCCACAUUCAUUACGGCGAAUAUGAUAUCAUUUUUCCACGUAUUUGUCGCCAUUCUUGCUGGUCGUAUGGUCGCUUCGGACAGUUUGUGCUAUCGACGUAUUGGCGUUGUGUUGUUCCAAUUUCGUACAUUUUUAGACGAUUUGGAUGGUCACGUUGCACGUCAAAAGAAACAUAUUCGUGGUGAACGCUCCGAAAUAGGUACUGCCGGUUACUACAUUGAUGGGCUGUGUGAUGGUCUUGGCUGCAUUGCACUAAUGAUUGGUGUGUUUGUCUUUUUGCGGAAUAAUCCACCGCGACGCGGUUACACACAGCUGCAAGCAAUCUUGCCAACGACUAACGAAACCGCAAAAAGUUCAUCGGAAACUGGGGUCACGUACAAAAUAAAGGUAACAACGAAAAAGGUAGCACGAAAAAUUGUCUGCUUCUCCGGCCAAUUGCUGCUCAGUUCAACGGGCUGGAAUCGAUACAUCGCCUUGUAUCAGGAUAUGCUCGAACGUAAUGACGUGACGCAGACACAGUACAAACGCCAGAACAUCAUAAUGCGAUCCAAAUGGUUCUUUAGCAUCGCUUGGUUGUGGCGAGUUUUCAACGUGCACGCACUCUUGCAUUGCUUACUGUUGAGCAUUUUCUGCGACAAACUCUGGGAAUUUUUGCGUUUGAUUCAAUAUAUUGGGUUUGUUAUUUUGUUAGUCAUCAUUUGUGCCACUGAAAUGCAUGUACUCGAAGUGGAAUCAUUCAUUUUUACAACGCUCACCGGCAACAAUACCGCACUGUGAUUGAAUAAUUGAUAAUUAAAAAGAGCGACCGAAUAAAAAAAAAAUCUAUGAUAGUAGAUAGUUUAAAUGAAGGAAUCUAAUAUUCAAGUCUGCUUUUUGUCGUUGCUGUUUAUGUUGACAUUUCCUGUUUUGGCCGAAUCUCUAGCUUUUGUCGCAGUACAGUUCAUUCUUUAUACAAAUUAACUACGUCUAUAACUGUAAUUAUUGUUUAAUUCUGUUGUUUCUCAUAAGUAAUUUUUUUCUAGUUUUAAUGAUAAUUUUUCUUCAGUUUUUUUUUUUAAUUCAGUGGCAGAUGACGUCACUGUAUAGAAUUUAAAAAAAUAUAACAAAAUACAUAUGAAACAAAACCGCAAUAUUGCGAUACACACUCAGCUCAGAAAUAUGUCCGUACAAAUCAAUAGCAGAAAAAAAAACAGAUAUUUUACAAUAAAUAGCCCAGACCAAAAUAAUGAAAAAUAACUGAAUAAAACAAUGAUAUUAUAUCAGACCAAUUCAAAUUGUAAAUAAAACCGUUUGAGUCUCAGCUCGUAACGAAAAAGAGGGAUAUUUUUAUAAAAUAAGAGGUUGAAAAAUAAUGAUAAAUCAUGUUGUUGAUUGUGUCGCUGAUUGUUUUAGUUUCUAAUAUUACUUUUCGAAUGCCACUUGCCCCAUGAACAAAAUAUACCUUUACAGAAAAUGAACAUGAUGUUUGAAAAAAAGAGAAAAAAAAUUUCAUAUAUUUUUAUGCAAGUAUUUAUUGUGAGCAUAUACACAGAAAGAGAGAGAGAGAGACAAAACGUAUACUGAUGGCACUUUGGCUGCAAAUGGAACUAACCGAUAUAGAUUAAAAUGAGAAAUCUCGAAAACAACAUGUUCUAAAUGUAUACUAAUUAUUUUGAUUAAACUUAGCUUAACUAAAAUUGCAACGAAAGUGCAUUAAACGAAUAAACCGCUAAACACAAAUGAACUAUGUAAAUAGACGUGUGCACGUGAACACUGGUUUUAAUGCUGUCAAAUAAGAUGUUUUUUUAUAAGGACAAAAAUGGAUAAAUACAAUUCCGAAUGUCAAAAUAUUUAAGAAACAUAAGUUCGUUUCGUUACUUUGAUGUCCAAAAUGAAAGAUUUAACACACACAAAAACGGCUACAUCAAACCAAGUAUAAGCAUUUUAGUCAGAAUACAAACUCAGUCUUAAAUUUAAAAUUGUUUUUUUCCGGCAUUUUUUUUUUUCAAUUCUCUCGAAUUCUAAUUGAUAUUAGUCUUGCCAAAAGAAACGUACUGACAUUUCGUUUAUUUUUGUUUUUGAAAAAAAAAAAAAAGAAAUUCAAAGUCAAAAUUAAGAGAAAAAAAUUAAAAUGGUUUUUCAUUUUAAAAUUAGGAACAAUUCAUAUUCUAAUCAAAAUGAAUAAAUGCUAAAUGAUAUGGAUAUGAAGAGACAGCUUUAUGCGCACAUAUGUUGUUGAAUAGCUUGAAGAAUAAAUAAAAAAUGACGUUAAAUCUUUACACAGAGAGAAAUCACAGUGCAUUUGAAAAUUAAAAUGUUGAUAUUUUUAUAAACAUUUUUCCAUUGCUCGAAUUUAACUAAUUUUGAAUUCCAAAUAAACAAUUUUGAACUUUUGCUGCAUUUGAGAAAAAACACCAAAUAUGAAUCUCCAUCACAUAUAAAUUGUGAUUCAGAAAUUGUUCGAAGAAAAUUGACAAAGAAAAUAUAUAUUCAAAAUUGUGCAUUAUAUUCAAAAGAUAAAUAUAUUCAACGGUGCACUGAAAAUAGCAUAUUUCAGAUGAGUCGUUGAAAAUUCUUCUAUUUCGAACUUCUUCAAAUAUGUAUUCACACAAAUGUUGGAAACAAAUGAUGUAUUUGAUCAUAUUUUAUCGAAUAGUCUCUUUUGUCAAAUAGUCAAGAAUUUUUUUUUUCAAAAAAACCCACCAAAAUAGUAGAUGUUCAUUCUGAAAUGUUUAACAUAUGAACAUUUUUUGAAUUCACUUUGGAUUGAUUUGGAUUUACCGAUAAACACAUAUAAAGCAAAUAGAACAGUGCAAAUGAUGCAAAUUAAUAAGUUGAAGUUAAUAAUUGGAAUAAAAAAAACCAACUGAAAUCAAAA